AUGACCGCCUCUGGAUCGCCGUCUCGACCUGUCUUCUUGCUCUCCGACUUUUACGCCUCCUCGUCCGCCCCCAUCUUCGCCCCCACGCGCUAUCUCCAGCCAUACAUCCCUCCCUCCACGAAUCCCUCUCCAGACUCCGAUCUCCUCAAAUCCAUCCGCGCCGCCCUCCGAGGCUCAGACACCUCCCCACACGAAGUCCACUCUGCUUUCUACGACUGGCCACGUCCCGGCACGGGCUCCUCCACCCUCCGUCGCGAAGUCUCCUGGAACCGAAACACGGUCGUGCUCAGCUCAGGCGGCGUCAUCUGCAGACAAUGGUCCUUCGCACACGAACAGCAACCCAUUCAAUGCGUCUGCGUCGGCCAUCUCGAGCAAACGGGCAUCAUCGUCUCCUCGCGCUCCUCUGGGAACUACACCUCCGAGUUCCACGCAGGACCUUCUAAAUCCCCAUCUGACGACUCCUCUAACCGUCCCACGUUCGGUCCGUUUGCUCGUGCGGAGCAGGAGCGCAAGCGUGCUAUCGAGCCUGAAACCCGUUCCCGUGCCGUCUUUGUUUUUCUGAGGAGUAUGGGCAAGAUAUACCUCGAGAAUGGGGUGGAGUAUGCGUUUGCGUUGCCCUUUAUCGUCAGGAAGGCGUGGCCGUUAUUUCCCCAUGGUGUGGUCAUGCAGAGGGUUUUGGAUGCGAGUGAGGUGAAAGAGGCGGAGGAGUCGGGCGAUGAACCACUCCCGACGUUGUUCUCCAUGACGAGUCCUCUGGCGGAGGCGACAGUCGUCGGGAUGGCAUCGACUAUUAUUGGCGGUUUCAAAGGGAUUUCACCGGUGUUGGAGGAGGAAAGCGAAGGGAGUUUCGUACCGCCGAAGGAGAUGAUCGUGGAGGUGACAGGACGAACGGCAGGAGACGACGUCGACAUUCUCGUCUCAGUCGACGCGGACAAGAGGACGCUGUCCAUCUGGCGAUACAUCUACGUCAAACCGAAAGACCUGCCCUCUGCCAAAGGACCCUCCCGUUCGCGGAAAAAGCGGGCUUCGACGGCUAUGCCAGGACGACAACGGACCUCGCUCGGUGCGAACGAAUCAUUCACUUAUCCCGCUCCUCCCCCACUUGCGACCAACACCACAGUGGACGACCAUCCACUCGAAAAGUCACCCGCCACAUCCGAUACACAACUCGCUCCUCUGUCCGCCUUGCCUGGCAUGGCUCCCUCAUUAACCACGAUGACCGCCAUGGCCAACCUCGUCCAAGCACCAGAAAAUUCAAAACCCCUGUCCUUGCCUUCUUCGCCUGCACCGAAGGCGACGAGGAGGAACUCGCUGGGUCAGAAGGAUCCGAAUUCGACGGCGGAGAGGAUGUCGGCGAUGGCGAGGGCGGAGGCGGUCGAGGCUGCGUUGGGUGCGACGGAUCAUACGAGGAUGAGGUCGACGCAUUGGGUCACGAAGCUGUAUAGUGUUGAUAUAUCUGAAGCCGAUGCAACAGCGUGGCGGCAGAUUUCCGUCUCUGUGUUCGACCAACGAUGGGACGGGAAAGACCACAGAGCUCUCAUCGGAAUCUGUCUUCCCGCCUCCAAAACCCUCUCCGUCUUCUCGUACCUCCGAUACGAGGACAAAACCAUGCGAAUAACCCCUCUGACCCAACGUCCCGCCCUCUCCUCUGUCGCUCUGCGUUUCUCACGAGAUAACAUCUACGAUUUACUCGUUGCUAACCCCGAAGGAGACCUCACCGUCCUCACGCACGGACUACGAGAAUGGCGAAUCGCAAAUAACGCUAUUUCGCCAGCGGACGCCACGAAUCCCGAUACACCAGGCGGCGGGAAACGUAUCGCGAGCCUAAGCGACGCGAACGGCUCGUCCGUGAGGAUCACAUUCGCAGACAAAACCGCUAUGGUCACGACAUUCGAUUGCGCACCACAGGAUAUCCUCACAUCGCAAUGUUUGCAGGUUCUCGCCGUCACGCUUCCCGGCGAGGCGGCACACGAUCUACAUCUGCUGUUCACGAUGAAGUGGGUGAGGAGGAGACGAGAUUGCUCGGAAGGUGUCGAGUUUGCGUGUUUUUCAGAGGCGUUGGGAGAGCUGUUUGGUCUGGAUCUCGUAUGGAACGAUAAACCGCUCACUUUAGCGAGCAUCGUCGCGAGCACAAGCACGAGCAGCAUCACGAGCGCGACUUCCUCCACUCCGUCAACCCCAUGGUCACGACUCGCCACCAUAUCCACCACCUCUUCCUUCUCUCGCUACACCGACGACCCCCUCCUCUCCUCCGGCUUCUCCCUCCCACCAACGCCAACACACCGUCCGCAACGCAUAUCCUCCUCCCGACGCCCGCAUCCCCUCCUCUCACCCGUUUUGAACUCUCUGCAUAUGCUCGGUGAGGAUCUGAGACUGGUCGUGAGCCGACAUGCGGAGUUGGUUAGGUUGGCGAGAUUGAUUUGUUCGGUGGCGAGGGUGAUCAGGCCGGAGUGGGUUGACUAUUGGAAGAGGUUGGUCCCGGCAGCGAUGCAGGGAUGGGUCUCUCCCGCUAAUAGUCCUCGAUUCGUAGACGACCACCUCCCCGUCUGGCCCCCGGACAUGACCACCCUCUUCUACGGCCGACUCGCCCAACCCGACUGGGGUCUCCCCUGGUACGACACCAACCGCCUCUCCUCCCAAUUCAAAACCACGCCUUCCUACCCCUACGGCCGUCUCGACCCUCUCACCUUCCUCCGUCAAUUCACCGCCAUCCACAAAUCCCUCGCGGACAAAGCUUCCGAAACGACGACGAUCCAACGCGCGACGAACGCCCUACAGCUCCUCGUCAGCGUGAACGAGAACUUUAAUUUCGGGGGGAGCAGUUCGAGUGGGGCCGGGGCGGGGGCUGGGAUGGGCGGGAGUACGAGUUUGGAGAGCGGGAGUGAUUUUUUGGGCAGUUUGCCGUUGGGGUUGGCGGGCCCGAUGAGAGAGAUCGCGAGGACGUGUCAGUUGCAUCCGGGGCAGGAUUGGCAUGGGGCGGCGUAUUCGUUCGUUGGGAGGAAUGAUCUUGCGGAGGGGUUGGCGAUGGGGGGCAAGGUGAGGGCGGAGGAGGAGAAGAGGAGUGCGGGGUAUAAGCCUGUGAAGGAUUAUCUUGCAUCGAAGCCAAGACGGACGAUACGUUCCCUUAUCGAGCAGGCGAAUGCACUCGCGGUCAGCGAGCUCGAUACGAAACUUGGGGUUGAAGUCGCGUUGGAUGAUUUCACGAAGAUACGAUUUGGGCAGGAUAAGCGAUUGGAAGAGGUCGCUAGGAUGUUGCGUUCGUCGACCGUUGCUUCGAUCAAGCUACCAGAUCGGCCUGAACUCAAUGACCAAGACCAGGUAAAGGAACAACAAAACCAAGUUCUUCGAAUCGCAGAGCGGACCCUCGCUCUCCCACUCGGUCGGGCGAUGUUCACAUUCGGUUCUGUGGCUACCGUUACUCGCGAGGCCUACUCUAUCCCCAAGAUGGAGUUCGGCGUUCGUAUCUUCCCCCAAAACCUGGCCGUCACACCCGAACCUUAUAAGAUCCCCGUGGAGUCUCUGAACUGGGGAGACUUCCACAACGGUGUGGCCGCAGCAUUGCGCAUCUCACCCACAUCAGAGGUCAUCGACAGCUCCUGGAUCAAGUUCAACAAACCCUCCGAGCUCACUCCCGAGCAUGCCGGGUUCCUGUACGGCCUGGGCCUGACGGGCCAUCUGAAGGAGAUGCUGACCUGGCACACGUUCAGCUAUCUUACGCCCAAGCAUGAUCUGACGUCCAUUGGCGUGUUGCUCGGUUUAGCAGCAGCGAACGUCGGCACCGGGAACCGACAUGUCACCAAGCUCCUAGCUGUGCACACCCCCGCCUUGCUCCCGACGCCGAGCAUCGACUUGAAUGUUCCGCUAAUCACGCAGACGGCGGGAUUAGUCGGUAUCGGACUGCUCUUCAUGGGCACCAAGCAUCGUCGUAUGGCCGAGGUCUGUCUGAGGCAAAUCGGGAGAGGUGACCUCACGCAGCCUGACCUCAGCAACGAACAUCGCGAGGCGUAUACUAUGGCUGCUGCGUUGGCGUUCGGGAUGGUCAUGCUUGGCAAAGGGUCAGCGAACAUGAUUCCCGCCGAUGAGGCUUUGGUGACGGAGUUGCGUAUACUCGUACAUGGAGAGGCACCCUCUCACCAAAGCUCGAAACGAACACGGGCCGCGUUCGAUAUCAACCUCACUUCCCCUGCAGCUACGAUCGCCCUUGGACUCAUGUACCUCAAGACAGAGAGCCAAGAGGUCGCAGACGUGCUCACCAUCCCCGACACAAUCCUUGCGUUGAACAAAAUCCCACCUGGGUUUUUGCUGCUUAGGGUGUUAGCGAGGGCGUUGAUCAUGUGGGAUACCAUCAAGCCUACACACGCGUGGGUGGAUGCACAGAUUCCGCCCUCAAUUGCCUAUAUAAUGAAGAGUCGUGCGACGGUGAAGGUGAUCGAUGAGGCGGUUGAGUUGGCGUAUUACAAUCUGGUCGCAGGAUGUUGUUUUGCGAUCGCUUUGAAGUUCGCGGGCACGGCAAGGGAGGAACCGUAUAGCUUGCUCAUCAUGUAUCACGACAUGUUCAGUCGCCUGGCUUACACGAAUGGAGCGGCUUUCGACCACCGAAUCAAACGGCAUGCCAUCCGAGAUGGUCUCAACCUCAUUUCGAUUUCGCUCAACAUGGUCAUGGCUGGAACCGGUGAGAUAAACUGUCUGCGAAGGUUGAGGUAUGCCUACGGCAUGUACAACCAGGCCAUGCGUUACGGCCUUCUCUUCCUCGGAGGCGGGCGCUUCACACUGGGCAACUCGGACGCGGCGGUCGUUUGCAUGAUAGCCGCUUUCUUUCCUCGCUUUGCGCCUAUAUCGGCGGACAACAAAUCGUACCUUCAAGCGCUCAGGCAUCUCUGGGUUCUCGCCGUCGAACCUCGCUGUUUAAUAGCUCGCGACGUCGAUACGAAAGAGAUCGUGUAUCUUCCGGUCAAGAUCAGAGUGAAGGAGGGCACCGAGACGAGCAUAUCACAACUUAUCUCGCCCACGCUCAUCCCGGACUUUGACAAGUUGCAGUCCAUUCGUGUUGAUACACCCAGGUACUGGCCUUUCUAUCUCGACUUCCACCACAUGCCCCGACAUCGGGAUACUCUGCUCCAGAACCAGACCAUCUUCGUCAAGCGUCGAACAGCCUUCCUCAGCUACUUGGAGGAUCCCAAAGGAAGUCGAAGCUUGUUUGUUCGUUCCGGGUCUUCUACGGGUGAUGCGGCAACGCUCGAUUUCCCUCGUCUGACGGACACUAAGCCUCAUCCAGCGAGCGACCUCACCCGAUUCAUCUCAUCCUUCUCCAACAAUCCGUUCUUCCUCGCAUUUGCGGACCACUUCUGUCGAGAUAGUCCAGACGACACGGAUGCCGAAAAGCUAUUUUAUAACUUUUGCCACGCCAGUCUCUUGGACUGUAUUCUUCAAGACAAGCCGCAGACACUACAAUCGUAUAUCAUGCUCUACCGCUAUCGGACAAUGCCCUCCAGUUCUCGUUACUUCCAUCUCCGACUACAAGACCUCCGAUUCGCUGUCGACUUCUAUACUAAGGUUUUCGAUCGGCGUUUCAGCGGCCGGGCGGAGAACAACCCUCGAGCGCCGCUCAUUCGUGAUAGCACGCUCUCCGGUGUUCUCUACGCGCUCGACCAACAGCUCGACACGAUUCGCAACGACGAUGCCUUUUUGGAGACGCUGGGCAACUAUGCCCGGGGCGAAUUGAUGCCUGCGCUUGCCUCCGCAUCACCACAGGCUCUGAACAUGUCGCAGAAGUUGGCUUGGUACCUCUUGCGGAAUAAUGUCCCGGUCUCGACGCUCCUCACGGUGCUGCAAAGCCUUGCCCAACAUGCGCAUGCCCAUUGUCUGAGUCUGCCUCCGCCGGAUGGGACGGACGAUUCGGAAGCGCUGGCGAUGGGGAUAAGGGAGGUUUUGCACACGACGGGGACGCAGAUGACGACGACGUUGGGGUCUGGAUGGUCGAUGAGGUCUUUGGAUGAGAUUAUGACUGCGUGGAAGGCCAGAUAG